ACCCCCGGAUUUUUUCAUCUUUCAUGAGCGACAUAGUUACGAAUCAAGUUAUAUUUCCAUUCCAUUUUCCCUCCAAGCUUUGUCCACAAACCCUCUUUUAAACCCUACCACCAACUUCAUUGAAUUUGAUGAAUUCGACAAUCAAGACAGAAUUACCAAGAAACUAAACAUACGCAAGCGUCUGAAAAGUUGGCAUACAUUUCAUAUAUUGAUCAUCAGAUGAUCCGAUCGAAUGGCUGCUGCAGAUUCUGGGCGUCGCAAAUACAUUGUGCAUUAUGGUACAAGAUUCGUGUACAAGAUCCUAUCGGAGGACCCAAUCGGCAGAGACUUUGAUAACAUCCCCGUCUACAAAGUGGCCUACUCAGUCGAUGAGGAGGAGAACUCUGGCGGCGGCAAUGAAAGGAAGUUCGCUGACCACGAAUUCCUCUCCCUGAAGAGGGUGAACUAUCACGACAGCGAAUCCGUAUUGCCCUUCGUCAAUCUGUAUGGGGAAAUCUUGAGAAAAAACAUGGCGGGCUUGUUAUUGCCUUGCGAGUACAAGCACUUGAUGCCGGUGAAGGCCCAUUUCAUCGAGCAGGAGACGGAAGAUCUGUGUCUGGUGAUGCCCUUCUGCGAGCGCGGGUCCCUGAGGUCGGUGAUGUCCGACAAGUUCCGCCACGGGUUGCCGGAAACCUGCAUCUCCGUCGCCCUGAGGUACGUCUUGAAGUCUCUGAAGUUCCUCCACCGCUUCAAAAAUCUCCACAGGGACAUCAACGCCGGGCAUAUUUACGUGAAGAGCGGGCCGCGGAUAUUUCUGGGGUUUGCGGGCACGCUGUACGAGCACGGGGUUCCCAAUGUCGAGUGCUCAUCCCAUUCUUCCUUGCCCGUGACCCAGAUUUGUAAAUGGGCCGCCCCGCCAGAGGUCUACUGCGGCGGCGGGAGAAACGAUACGUACUACCUCGACUACACUGAGCUGUCCGACGUUUGGCUGGUGGGAAUCACAGCCCUCGAAUUGGCUUACGGAACGAUCAGAGUCCCCAAUCGGGAAGCGCUGGAGACGAUGAUCAAGGAAAUCAUCCGGACCAGGAGGCUUCCGAAGAAGCUCGGCUGCGGAGGAAUUGACGAUAACAGAGAAGAAGAAGCCCAUGAGGAGGAUAAGAGGAGUGACAAGGGAAAGAAGAAGCAGAAGAUAAUGAGAAAGGUUUAUCCAGAGGAGGAAAUUAGGGCAUCGUUUUCAAGGGCGUUUGAGACGAUGGUGGCGGAUUGCCUGGCGUGGGACCCUUGGAAUAGGCCCACUGCGAGUGACCUUCUCAAGCAUGAGUUCUUCAACAAGAAGGGGGUGACGAGGUCGGCCUUGAAGUCGCACUUUCAGAACGCUGUGAUUCAAAUGGAGGCGGUCAAAGGCCUUAAGAAUAUGCUGCGUGUUGCUGCCCCAGAUUUUAGGAGGCCCCAAUCUCAGAUUUCAAUCCCUGGCAUUACUGCAAGUUUUGAUUUGAAUCUCGAUCCCCCGUCAACCUCUAGGAGGAGGCCCGAGCCUCAGAUUACAAUCCCUGGCCAUGGGGUCUCGAAUCUGGAGUGCUCAUCAUCCUGCACAUUGUCCGGGACUGACAUCUCACAUUUGGAUACUGAGUUCAAAAGAUACUUGUCCAUCCUGUUCUCUAGCGCCCCUGCAUUGACUGAUGUCCCGUUCAAGUUGCGUCACAAGAGGAAACUAACUUUCGAUGGGAAGGAGGAUGAAGAAAGAAAAAAGACAAAAACUCAAGAGGCAGAAUCUGGAGUUAUGGAUGGUGAGGGAAUGUGGGGAAACAGCUUAGGAGAAAUAAGCAGUGCCUCCCCUGUCAACUCCUGGAUGGAUGUAGAUUAUAACAAUGAUGCUUAUGAUGAUACUGUUCAUUUUGCUUCCCCACCACCUCCUCCUCCUACAUUGACGGAGUACCUGGUGGAUCCCGAUACCCUGGUUGUGUACCGGAUUGUGUCCAUGGAUCCAAUCGGAAUAGCCUCCCUCGGCAAACUUCCUGUUUACAGGGUAGCGUAUUCAAUAUGUGAUGACAUCCCCUACCACAGAGAGUUUGUUUACAACGACUUCUCUUUGGUCAAGGUAGUGAACUCCCGUUCUAACCCGGAUGUUUACAGGCGGUUAAAGAAUGAGCUGGAAUCGAAAAACAAUAAGCUUAAGAAAGAUCAUGAGAACUUGUUGCAAGUGGAAGGUUUUUUCCUUGACCAGGAUUCCUGGGAUUACUUCAUCGUGAUGGCGUAUGCCGAAUGGGGCUCCCUCCAAUCAAUCAUGGCUGAGCAUUUCCCGCACGGCCUUCCAGAGACAUUCAUUUCUCUGAUUCUGAGAUCAGUUCUGGAGGCGGUUUGUUUUCUUCAUCAGGGCAAAAUGAUCCACGGAGAUAUCAGUGCGGGCCAUGUUUAUGUGCAGAGCGGACCCAAUAUCAAGAUGGGCUUUGGAGCCACAGUUUAUGAUCAUGGGGUCUCGAAUCUGGAGUGCUCAUCAUCCUGCACAUUGCCCGAGACUGACAUCUCGCAUUGGGCAGCUGCACCAGAGGUAAACAACCAUGAGAGGAAGAACCAACGGAGCACUGAGGAGAGCGACGUGUGGCUGGUGGGAAUCAUGGCCCUGGAAUUGGCUUAUGGAGGGAUUAGAAUCCCGAGCCGUGAAGCCCUUGAGGUGAUGAGCAGGGAGAUUCACGAGAAGAGAAGACUUCCCAAGAGGUACCCACCCGCCCCCCAAGGCUUAGAUCAGCAACAGCAGCAGCUCACUCGUGAGGUGGAAGGCAAGGGAAAACAGAUAGUGAUGGAGGAAGAAGAUUAUGGCGAUGGUUCAUCAGAGGAAAGAUCAUUUUCCAGGGAAUUUGAGAAGCUAGUGGCAGAUUGUCUAGCCUGGAAGCCUUGGGAAAGGCCAAAUGCUCGUACCCUUUUGAAGCAUGAAUUCUUUGCAGUGAAAGGGAUUGAGACGUCUGAGCUGGAGUCACACUUUGAGGAUGUUUUGAUUGACAGACUUCGCAAGUAACUGAUAUAUAUAUAUAUAUAGAUAAUGAUGAACUCCUCAAAGUUAAUAGUAACAGUUUUCUCAAAAGCGAAUAAGGUCGAUAGCACAUAAUAGUGUAAUACUCAUUAUAUGUACAUAGAUUCUCAGUUGUCAAUUGCUCAUCUGACUCAUCUCCCAAACAAUUCAUUUGUACUUGUGUAGCCAUAGAUUUUCCACUUUCUUCCAUAGAUG